GACAGUUGCCAAUGAAGGCAGAAGCAGCAGCAGGAAGAUAGCAGCGGUAGUGAGUUAGUGCUACAGUGGGUUGUUUCCUUGUCACUAGCUGUUAUUUGGCUAAAUAAGCUACCUACCUAUUUGCAAUGAUUGCACCAGGUGUCGGGUGUUUCUCAGUAGCAACGUCGGAGCUACAAUGAAGGCUGGGGCUUCGUCGGUGUGGGCUUCAUGCUGUGGUCUGCUGAAUGAAGUCAUGGGUACCGGGGCCGUCCGAGGCCAGCAGCCAGGGUUUGGUGCCGGUGCCGGGCCCUUCAGGUUCGCCCCCAGUGCGGGAUAUUCCACGUACCCACCCAACAGCUCAGGGAACCCCGGCCUUGUUUGUAGGGCUUGUGGACAGGCCUUCUCAGCCUUCAGGAUUAAGUACACUUGCUGCGACUGCAAGAAGAGCUUCUGCUCGCUGUGCACCGAGGUUCUGGAGAGCCUACGCAUUUGCGCCACCUGCCAUUCGCUGAAGGCCACGGCGUUCCACCGGCCGCGGCUCAUGCGUCUGCCAGUGAGGGACCUGCGACAGUAUCUGCUGCUGCGGAGCAUCUCCACUGACACCUGCAGGGAGAAGGAGGACCUGGUCGAUUUGGUCCUUUGUCAUCGGGCUUUUGAGGUGGAGGACGAGGAGGAGGAAGAUGAGGAUGAGGAUGAUGACGACGACGACGAAGAUGAGGACGAGGAGGUGGAGGACCCUAACACGGCCAGCCUCCUCUCUCACAUCCAUCGCACGCUAACAGAUUCCAUCGCGCCGCCUGCCUCGGAGCUGUCUGCUGCCACUCUGCAGGAGUCGCUCAGCAGGAGCGAAAGUCCUGAAACCAACCAGACGAGUCCUCAGACACGCCAUGGAGCCGGAGCGUCCGUCUCCGACAUCUCCAGCGUGAGGGACAUCAAGGGCCUGUCAGUCAGGCAGCUGAAGGAGAUCCUGGCAAGGAAUUUCGUCAACUUCUCCGGGUGCUGUGAAAAAUGGGAGCUGGUGGAGCGCGUCAACAGAUUGUACAGAGAAAAGGAGAAGAAUACAAAUACAUUGAUGGCCUUCCCCUCUCCUCUCUGCAACGGUGCCAUCGGAGAUGGCGAAAAGUGUCCCCUGACGCUGCAGGACGACAAUCUGUGCAGGAUCUGCAUGGACGCGGUGAUCGACUGCGUCCUGUUGGAGUGCGGUCACCUGGUCACCUGCACCGACUGCGGCAAGAGAAUGAACCAGUGUCCAAUAUGCAGGCAGUACGUCGUGAGAGCUGUGCACGUUUUUAAAUGCUAAUGCACCACUGACUCGAAACCCCCCGAAUUCAGAAAUGCAGCUCAUAAAGUUUGAAUCCUACAAAAAAAAAAAAAAAAAACUCAUUUUCAGAUGUUUAUAUUGACGGGAGUCUUCAAUGGUCAUUCGCACGCAAGAAAAUAAUGGUUUCUUUUUUUUUGUGAAUUUGACUUUGAUCGACCGGGUGGUUUUCGUUUUCUACUGUAUUUCAAAGCAACAGUUGCCGGUCACUUUUUUUUUUUUUUUUUUUGUAAACAUCCCAUCCUUAUUUCUGCCUGCGAACUGUAGCUCCUCCUCAGAUCUACGACUGUUUACCUGCGGCUGCAAGCGAACACGUAUCUUAGUAAAGACUUGCACUGAAUCUCAGCAGACGUGUGAAAGGUAGGUGCCAAACGACGCCAGUCGCCGUGCUGCUUCUCCUUUUCUCAUCUUCUUCCCUGCGCUGCGGGAUGACACUGUGUUAAUGUUUCAGCAUGUUGGAUCGGAAAGCACUUUGCUCACGCUCCACGCUAAUGCAGCACCACUCACAACCCCACCGCACCUCACGACAGCUAAUAGUGGCUCAGAUAAUGUGCGCCUCUUCCUGAAUGCCUGAUGAGAGACGCUAAUUAGAUUUUUUUUUUUUUCUUCUUCCUCUUUUGAGAUGUUGUUUGCUGUUUUAAAUGUAGCGCUGCACAGUCCUCAAAGGAGCACAUGCUCUGGCGGUUAUCUUACUUGCGACUGAUUUAUGGUUAUGCUCUGUGAGGUCGAUGCAUUAUUAAUUCCGUCGAUUUCCUCCGCCAUAAAAUAAGUGCUUGUUUCAGUGCGUUGCCCGUUCCAACGUCCGCGCGAGGUCUCGUCGCAGCAACGGCCGACAUCUGUGGCCUCUUGUCCUGCCUCAGUCCGCCAACAGGAGACUUGAACUAGACUGGUGCUAACUCAUCCAAUCAUCUUCCCUGUUUUCUAACAAGACGUUUUACGCGUGAAACUUACAUUUUCUUAAGUUGUUGGAAUGAAAUUUAUUAUUAUUUUUUAAGUUUGUCUCGUAUAAGACGACUAAUGAAACCGUUUUGAGUGAUGUGAAAGUAUAUCCAGAUAAUGACUUGUACAUAUAUCGGUCUGUAUAAGAUGUACAUAGCUCUAUUUUUCCAUUUGUUUUGAAUUGUGUGCGAAAAUGUUUAUUUUUUCAGGAUUGUGUUCUGUGACGUGGCCUGAAAUGUGUUGGAUCUGCUUUGGUUGGCUCGAGUUUUUCUUUGAACCGCAGCAUAACAAGAAGCUUUACUAUCGUUCUCUCUGUAGUAUCUCCCUCCCCUGCUUUAAAAAAAAAAUAAAAUAAAAUAAAAAAGACACUCGCUGCUGUCACAGUACAGAUGUCCGGAGCAAAUUGCACUUUUCUGUUACAGAAGGUAUAAUAAUCAUGUACAAGGUAUGGUCUUUGUAUUUGCAGAUGUUGACAUUUAUAUUAUGGUAAAUUAAAGAUUUUAAUUAA